CGUCAUGGCUGGUAAGUCUUACUUCAGUGCCUCCGUACCCAAGAUUGUUGUGCAAAGUUUGUUUAAAAAGUAUGACACAGAUGAAAAUGGUCAUCUCAGUAAAAAGGAAGCCCUAUGCCUUCUUAAAGACGACCUGGGAAUGGAUAACAAACAAGCUGAAGCCUGUUACUUGCUUGUUGACAAAGAUGGUGGAGGGAGCAUCUCGUUUGAGGAGUUUUUCUCUUGGUUUCGAGACGAAAAGGGAUUGGAAUGCGUUAAUGACAAGUCAAGAUGCUACUAUAUCAGUAAAGCUGUGGACGAAUUCAAGAAGUAUGACAAAGACGGCAAUGGCACCAUCGAUAAAGACGAAUUGAAACUCUUGCUGAAGGCUGUUAACUACCGCCACGACUCAGACGCGGCACUCCGAGCAUUGGAUACAACCGGCGAUGGGAAAAUUUCAUUCCCUGAAUUUUUAGCUUGGCUGAACUGGUUACCAAACUGAAGUUCUUUUCGCCAAUGUUAUUUCUAUUAGCUGACGAUAACUGGAUUAUUCACCAACAGCAAGACAAUAUAAUGCGAUAAUUUAUGUACAUGUAAGUUCGAGUUUCACUCGCUGUGUGCGUAUUUAUCAAGGAAGGUUCCAUGUAAAUGUAAAAAUGCCUGUAUUAAUAAAGCCAUCUAACUCGAGA